AUGUCCCAGCAAAGUUUGAGCGAGCUUGUCUCUUUCUCCUGGGACCGAAACGAUCUGACAAGUGAACAGUCAACUAUGCAGUCCGAAGGGAACACAUAUAUGAGACUCCGAGAUAUCCCGCGAGUCGACUACGAUUUUGAAAAAUCUUGGGUCAAUCUGGUAGCAAACAUGAUUGACAAUCACGGAGUCGAUGAGAAGUACAAAGCAAUGGACGAAGACCCUCCACGACCAGAGAAGAGAAUCAAGCGUGUCAAGGACGAUGCCAAUGCUCUUUCUUAUGUUCUGAAUAUGAGGGAAGUUACAGAGAGAUCUGCCACACAAUCUCAUUAUGAUUGGGCAUACAGAUAUUUCACAAGCGUGCUUCGAAAUUUGCCACAUCCAUCCAGCACAAGCGCCACGUUCGACCUCAAGCAAUACGAGCAGUGCAUCAAACUCAUCCAUUUCUUAAUGCAUGAGUUGACGUAUCACAGGAACGUGGGCAGCAAACUACGAAACACACGGCAAGACGACACAGCGAAACUGAAAAAAGCCAAGGUGCAGCUUUCAACGAUGGAACACCUGAAGACCGUUCCGAUUGUUGGUCUGACUAAAGUUGAGAGCUCCGGCACCACUGCGAUAGGGGUUUCGAUGGAGGUGCCAGCAGGCAGUCAACAGGCGGAACAGCUUCACAUGCUCAACGACGUCUUAGCUGACCAAGUCAGUGACCUAAAUCGUGAGCACCAGAAAGCGAAGAUUGCUAAGGAGGUCGCUGAGCAGCAAAGAGAUCAAGCAAGGUCAGAAGUCGAAGAGCUUCGAGAGCAAGUUCUCGCUCUCAACAAAAAGGCGGACAUGGCUGUCGCUUCGAGUAACCAUGAUCUUCAGGCUGCUGUGGCACGUGCCCGUAAAUUGGACAAUUUGCUGGCGCAAGCGCUCUCAGAGAGCUCUUUCAAGAGUAGUCAGAUCACCGAAAUGAACAGCAAGCUAGAGAAAGAAGUGGCUGCUGCGAAAACCGCUGGGGUUGAACGAUACGUCAAAGUCCAGAACGAGAACGAAGAACUCAAAGAAAAGAUCGAAAAAUUGAAGGACGAGGCAAAGAUCAAAGUGGAGGAUGCUGAGCGACUAGAGAAGCAGAAGGCUGAGUUUGACGUCUGCCAGAAGGAAAACUUCAUACUUAAGCUGGAGAUCGACCAACUUCAAUUUGACGUUAGGACCAAGACUUCGCAGAUGGAGCAGCAAAAGGCGUCUUUCAAAUCUGCUAUCGAAGCAAUGAAGAAAUGA